AUGAAUCCCUACCCCAAUCUUGAAAAUCAAUAAAUUCAACAUCCACUUGAUUCGUAAAACAGAGAAUAAUAUGUCCAACCUUACCCCUAACAAUAAUCUCCAAUAUUAUUUACAUAAAUGAUGCAUAGGAAUAAUGCAAAUGAUUGUGAUUUUCCAGCUGAUAUUAUUUGUCCAUAUUGCUAAAGAAUGAUUUAAACACAUGUUCAAUAUAAAAUGGGUGUUUACUCCUGGAUAGUGGUAUUUUUAUUAUUAGUGCUCUUUUUCCCAUUAUUCUUUUUGCCAUUUUGCUUCUUGGAAUGUCAAGACAAAGAGCAUAAAUGUCCACAUUGCAAUAAGAAAGUUGGAUAUAAAUAAUAUAGAAUAGUAUGA